GCAAUUGAAGCCUAGUCUGAAAUUGACAAAUAAAUAAUAUUGUGAAUAUUUAUUAUACCACAGGUCUUUAAACUACAACGACCUUUUAAUUAUAGUUGAUAAAAUCCUGUAAGAACCAGUUUGUGUAAGAUAUUCAUAAUCCACGUUUUUCUUCUCUGUUCAAAAACUUAAAUUAGCAAUAAUUAACAAAUUAAGUAAAUUUCUUAUUUCCGUCAAAGAAAUUAUUCAUGCAAAUAUCAACAUCAAUAAUUUCAAUUAUAUGGACGAUUCUUUGUCACGAGUUCGCGACACCCGUAAGUGCUACGUAUGCUACCCAUAAUUCAUAGCGCACUUAGUAAAAAGAUAUGGUGGACGGGUUAUGUGUUCGCCCGUAAUCAGGCAUAAUAAUUAUAUAUAUUAAACGUUUUAAGCUUGUGGCUUGACAUUUCACAGUCACAGUGAGUAAUUAUAUUGGAAACAAGCAAACAUGACCUAAAACGGUUCAUAGCCUGUGUAAAGAGCUAUGAAAUGAAAAGAGGAGGUUUGAAAGCAAAAGUAAGGGAGAAGAGAAGCGGAAAAAAGAUUUGAGGACUGACAGACUGAAAUUCAAGAAAACGCCACAUGAGGAGGCUCUUUCUCCGUUUCUCUACGAACGGAGAAUCUUGCUGAUCGGACACACUGAGCUGACUCCUGUUCACGACUGCGCUGUUUCUGUCUAUUGACGAACCUUUAAAUAGCAACUGAAGCUUGCUGUACUAAAUUUAUUUGACAGCACCGAUUGCAACAGCAUCUGAACUGUCAACUUCACAAAAAGAAACACUUAGAGGACAUUUCUGAUGUUUGACUUCUCAUUGAAUGGAAACUUCAAGCCUUAAGGGACUACGAUGGAGGACCUCCAAACAAAAGAGGUAAAAAAGUAUCAGACCAAAAAAGAAGAAACAGAUUGCAAUGGGCCAGAUUGUUCAAAUAGCAAUGACAAAGAGCAAAUCAGAAAAACAUCACCUCAGUUCAAUUCUUCCAACGAACACUCGAUGAAUCUUGCUCUCAAAUUGGCCACGUCUUUUCUAAACUGUGUCUGUCAUGGAAACAAACCUUUUGUACUUCCUGUUGACCAUAAAAUAAGUAAGGAUUUGCCUGCUGAAACAAGACCAGCAUCCAGGACUGUGUCUGAUUCGAACACAAUCUCCUUGGUCUUAGAUCAGUGUUUGAACUCUCAACUUCCACCUACCUUGCACUCUUAUCCAUUUGACAGUUAUCAGUCGAACGAAAACCUGCUUUCAAGUCAAUCAGAAGCUUUAGAUUACAACACAGACAUCUCAGUGUUUCAAGGUCCUAAUAUUGGCACACAUUUACAAAAUUUAGUACCUUCUCUGAGCAAUUAUGCUUCAUCAGAUUGUCAAAUGACUGGCCAACAACAGUCUAUCCCUCUAACUUCGAACGUCUUGCCAUAUCAGUCUGUUCAGCCGAGUAAUACACCAAUGACUUCAUUAAUACCUCCAGCCACUUUGCUGGUUCCUUAUCCACUUGUGUUUCUGUUGCCAGUCCCAUUACCCAUACCAAUACCAAUCCCUAUCCAAAUCCCUCAAAGUUUAUACUCAAACACUAUAGUUAAACCCUCUAGAACUGAUUCAAUGAUUGACAAAAGUACACAGAUCUCGUCUUCAAUAUCUUGCUGCACCGAUAUCAUGUUUUCACAAACCCCAUCAGUUUCUCAGGACGAGGUGCUUGACCUUUCUUUUAAGACAACUCUGACCAAACAUGAACAUCCACUAUCUGCUUCACCAAACUUGCCACUGGAUCUAUCUGUGGUAAACACGAAUACUAAACAUCAGGAUCAUUGGCAUGAUGGCAUGAGCGGACGAUGCAAAAGGACAACUCAUGAAAGCAAAGGCAAUAACAUCAUACGUUCAAAGUACGAGGACUACAAUGGCAGGACUGUGCACUCCGCUCAAACAGUCAUUGUGUCGCGCACAGAAAUACUUCCUUUCUCUGACAAACGGAAAGGUUUCUCACGGGACUACAUGAUAAACUCUGCCACAAAACCAGACAAGAGCCAGAAUACUGUGAUACCAGACUGCUCUAGGAGACCAUUCAGGGUUCACCCUCUUUCUAGUGAACCACAAUUCAAAAGACGAGGAUCACCAAACAUGUAUGGAAACACUCCUCCAUAUAAAAAACAUCUGGCUUCUUUUCAGCCUGGAAAAUAGAUGGAAUGUAGACGCAUGCUGCAUAUAAUUAACUUUUGUGAUUGCAGGUUAUUAAAAAAAAUACAUAUAUACAGUAUAAAUAUUAUUGGGGGGGAGAAGACAAAACAGGUUACAUUUAAGUAAUAGUUAUAAUAUAUUUGAUUUAUUUAUUUCAAACAGAAAAAUCACACAAAACAAUUCUUUAAACAAAAUACAUUUCAACAUGGUCGCAACGGAGUGGGCUGAAGCACAAGCUUAUUAUUUUCUCCAGCCCAUUACCACACAAAUCAUUUGUUUAUUUCUUUAACUUAUUUCUUCUUUUACUUAUCUUUUUUUAACAUGAGACAUAUCUUAUCGUUUUGGCAUUUUUUACACAAUUUAUGCUUUAUUCCAUUUGUACAUUUACGUUUUAUAAGAUAGACAAACAAAAAACACAGUACUGCAAACAGCCAUUAAUUGAAUUUCAUCAUACCUUUCUCAUUUUGUUCUUUUUCAAUCACCUCUAUUCAUUAUAUUCGAUUAAUAAUACAUAUUUAUACACCUUUUUAAAUUGAUUUUAGAUUGAAGUUGCCCUUGUUUACAACCUCCUAAAAUUGUGCUCUCUCAGAUUAUAAAGAUCGCUAAAAAGUAAUAAAGCUGCUUAUGUAUCAGUCUAUACAAAAUUAGGCACAAAAUCCCUCUAUCAACUCAUUUCCAGACUAUUAUUAAUGUAUUGGCAGUUUAUUUGUACUUAUAAAAUACAUAUUGCAUGAUCUUAUUCUAAAUGCCUACCUCACACCCCUACAUUCAUCCCACCGAAUAUCUAACUACUCCUUAAACCCAACUAUUACUACUUCAUAACUAUGAAUAAAAUGCAAAUUGGUAGUUUGAACUUAACGUUAUACAGUACUUAACGGUAGGUAAGAUUCAAGAAUCACACUUUAAAGUAAAGUGUGACCAAAAACUGUAUCAACUAUAAAAGCACAAUAGCUUACACUCAAGAUUUUUUCCCAGAUGAUGGACUCUGACAGCCAAUCAGAAUCCAUCCUGUGUUAAAAAAUAAUAAGGAUCUAGUCUGCUGUAAUGAGCUUGAGCUUUUAAAGCAGCAGACAACAAAACUGCAGGUUUCAAAUAUUUCCGAAUGAUGCCCAUGCAUGGUUCAGUUGGAAAAGGUGUGCCAGAGCAUGGUUCAGUUGUGCUUUGGCAUGGUACGCUUGUAGUGUGGUUGGAAAGUGUGUCUGAACCCGUAACUGAAGACGCAACAUCACUUUUAAGGGACUGUUUCAUAUGGAUUUAUUAAUCAUUCUUACUUUUUAUUGAACUGAACACAACUGUCAUAGUUUAUUAAAGAUACAAAGCCCUCACUGCAUGUCAGCUGCACCUUCAGCAAACCUCCUAAAGCCUGGUUUAUAGACGAAUCACCAGUUUAUAACCAUUCAGGAUGCAUGCGCAGCGAGGUUGCAGAAAAAAAACACACUUUUUUACAUUUCAUCCUAAGCAUUUAGUGUCCGCAGUUGAAUUAACCAUAUUUAAUUGUUUUUGCUGAAAUCAUUGCUGCAAUCAAAUUGAGUAAUGUGUAUGAUUCAGCAUAGCGUGAACUUACCUGAUGUGAAAUGAGAACUGCAGAGUCGAGCAUUUUUAAUUAGGUCCUCACUCCAUUCAGCUCUUAUGAUGGCUGUUAGCCAAAGGCGUCUGUGUAUUUGUCAUUAAAAGCAGAGUGGUGUACAGUAAAA